AAUUUAUUUUUAAUUUUAUAUUUUUUUAAAAGUUUUUUUUUCAAAAUAUAAACUAAUUUUUUCAAAAAUUAUAUAUUAUAAAGCAUGAAUAGAUAUCUACUAUCAACUAUUUUAAUUCUCUUCUAUGUCGUUGGGUAUAAUUCUCUCAACCCUGAUUACAAAAACUGUCUUAAAAAACCUUGCAACAUUAGAUGUGCUUAUGGCUUGAUAUACGAUAGCAAGGGAUGUCAACAUUGUCAAUGCAUUCCUAAGCGUGAAAAAUGCCCCUCCAAAAAGCCUUGCAAUAUUAGAUGUCGAAAUGGUCUCAUCUAUAAUAGCAAAGGUUGUCAAUUGUGUCAGUGCAUUCCCCCGACAAAAGAAUGUCCAAUUAUAAAGCCUUGCACUUUGCUUUGCAGGAAGGGUUUUGUAUUAAAAAAUGACGGUUGCGUAUGCAAAUGUGUCCCAAAAGAAUGCCCUAACAUCCCUUGCAACAUCCGAUGUAUUAAUGGCUUGAAGCAGGAUAUCGAUGGAUGCCAGUUAUGUGAAUGCGUCCAUCCCGAAACAACCACAACCCAGAGAGUGUGCCCAGAUUUGCCUUGCUUUAAGUUUAUCAAAUGUGCUCAUGGACAAGUAUUGGAUGAAUAUGGUUGUCGCACAUGUUCUUGCAAGCCUUCCAAAUAGAUUUAAAUCUUUUUAUUCGAAAAUGUAUUUUUAUAUUUUUUUAAUUUUUUUAUUAAAAUCUUUAUUAAUUUACAAAUAUAUUAUUAUUUAUCCGAAUUGUAAAUGAUAUUUAUAUUUUUAAAAUGAUCAACGAAUAUAUUUUAAGAAAAAUUUAUUUAAAUUUAUAAAAUUUUUAUUUAUCUAA